CCAUUCUAGUUUUUAAGUUGCUCUCAAGCUCAUUCCAUUUUACACAAAUUAUUGUUCCUAAACACAAUACUUGACCUGGACUUGGGCGCUAAACAGCACAAACAGGUGUAACUCCUUCAUGAAGAAAAGGAACAUUGUCCCAAGCGCUAAAAGAUUGUGGUCGGCGCCAACACCGACGUGUUGAAGGGCAGCCCGAAGUUGACUCAAAGAAAGACGCAAUUCAAUUGUUUAGAGCUUGUGUGUCUGCCAAAUCGCCAAAAUUAGGUCCACAAACGGAAGUCGUUCUCGUGCGGCACCAGCGGGCCAACAAACCCGUCGGCUGGCGCUGGACGAACAACAACAGCAGCAGCAGCAACAUCAACGGCAUUCACGGCUACGUCCGCUGCCACCGCAUUACCAUCACCCGGAGCUGUCACAAUUAGAACCGCUGGAGUUUCCGAGAAGCGCCCACAUUGUUGAACAUUCGUCACCACCACCACGUUAUAUAUUCCAGCAUCCGUUAGAGACAACUGGAGCGCUCGAAUCCACGACCAGCGCUGGAGGCGGCGCACAAUUCCAGUUCCAAAUGAACAAUCGGGACCAGCGUCCUAAUCCCUACGUGGCGCCCUUCUCGUCCCAACAGUUCGGCCAUAACAACCACAACAACAACGCCCAGAACGAUCUAAAUGCGCAGGCCCAUUACCACAAUAAUCGCAUAGUGGCCGGCUCGAAUAACUUUAAUCAGUUGCCCAGCAGCCCAAACGUUGGAGCCAACCAGGCGCCAUCAUUUCAACUGCUGAGCAACACUCGCAACUCACGCAACGCAUUGGGUCACAGCCAUUCUUCGCGUGCCGGCGCCACUGGCAACUCGCCCAGCCAUGCCAGCAGCCACAACAGCAAUGUCGGCAUCAACAAUCUCGCUCAGCCGCCCUCAUCGCAUCAUAGUGUUCUAAAUCCGGCAGCCGCUAACCUUGUGGUCGGCAAUUCAACAACAGGGUCUGUGCAAAUCAGUUUGCAGCCACCUCCUGGAUUUCCACCGCUGCCGCAACAACAACAACAGCAGCAGCAACAACAACUACAGCUUCAGCAGCAGAUGCUGCAACAGCAACAACAGUUGCAACAACUGCAACAGAUGCAGCUUCAGCAGCAGCAACCGCCGUUACGUCCGGCUCCCCAACAGUCCGCUGCAACUGUGAACAACUCGCAACGACGCAUACGCACCGCCUCGCGUUCCACACGCGCCGUCUCCAACUCCAACUCGGGCGUACCGCCCGUGGCCAAUGUGAAUCACGGAGGCACUUCGACGGGGACGACGCGUCUGCGCGAAAUCUCACGCAAAUAUCCGCUGUGGUUGCCAGAGUAUAAGCGUCGCGCCUUUAAUGCCUCCAUGGACGAGAAGUACGUGGAGACGAUUUGGGCUAGUUUGAAGAAUGCCAUACAGGAGAUACAAAAGAAGAACAAUUCGGGCCUAUCCUUUGAGCAGCUGUAUCGAAAUGCCUACAACAUGGUUUUGCACAAACAUGGCAAUCGUUUGUACUAUGGUCUGCGGGAGGUCGUCUCAGAGCAUUUGGAGAACAAAGUGCGACAGGAUGUGCUCGAAAGUUUGCACAGCAAUUUUUUGCCCAAGCUAAAUCAGGCCUGGACCGAUCAUCAGACCUCCAUGGUCAUGAUACGAGACAUACUGAUGUACAUGGAUCGCGUCUACGUGCAGCAAAAAGAUGUGGACAACGUUUACAAUCUAGGCCUGAUACUGUUUCGAGAUCAGGUCGUACGGUUCUCCGAAAUACAGAAAGCAUUGCGGGAAAAACUGCUAGGAAUGGUCAUGGAGGAACGGCAUGGCGAAGCCAUCAAUCAUUUAGCCAUUAAAAAUGCCUGCACAAUGCUUAUAACACUCGGAAUUAAUUCGCGCACCGUGUAUGAGGAGGACUUUGAGAAACCGUUUCUCACACAGUCCGCUGCCUUUUAUAAAUUUGAAUCGCAGAACUUUCUUGCUGAGAACAACGCUGGCGUUUACAUCAAGAAGGUGGAAGCGCGCAUCACAGAGGAAUCGUCGCGCGCAGCGCUUUAUCUGGACAAGGAUACGGAACCGCGCAUUGUACGCGUAGUGGAGGAAGAACUGAUUAAGAAACACAUGCGUACCAUCGUUGAAAUGGAGAAUUCGGGCGUCGUUCAUAUGAUUAAGAACUCAAAGACCGAAGAUUUGGCUUGCACAUAUAAAUUAUUCUCUCGCUUAAAAGAGGAGGGUCUUAAGGUGAUAGCGGACACGAUGUCAGCAUAUUUGCGGGAACAGGGACGCAUGCUGGUUAAGGAGGAGGAAAAUGGCAACACAAAUCCCAUAACAUUUGUGCAGAAUCUUCUGGAUCUCAAAGACCGUUUCGAUCAGUUUCUGUUUCAUUCGUUCGGUAAUGAUCGCAUCUUCAAAAAUGUAAUCUCAUCGGACUUUGAACAUUUUCUCAACUUGAACACAAAAUCUCCAGAGUACUUGUCCCUAUUCAUUGACGAUAAACUGAAAAAGGGUGGCAAGGGUAUGAGCGAACAGGAGAUUGAAACAAUACUGGACAAGACCAUGGUACUCUUCCGUUUUCUAUUGGAGAAAGACGUAUUUGAACGCUAUUACAAGACGCAUUUGGCCAAACGUUUACUUCUUAACAAAUCAGUCUCUGAUGAUUUUGAAAAGAAUAUGAUAUCCAAAUUAAAGACUGAAUGUGGCUGUCAAUUCACCUCAAAGCUAGAGGGCAUGUUCAAAGACAUGUCUGUUUCCAAUACGAUCAUGGAUGAGUUCAAGAGCUUUGUAAAUAAUAAUAAUUUGUCAUUAAGCGGCGUUGAACUGACGGUUCGCAUUUUAACGACGGGUUUUUGGCCCACACAGACAGCGACGCCAAAUUGCAACAUACCCUCAGCACCGCGGGAAGCGUUCGAGGUAUUUAAGAAAUUCUAUUUAGAUAAGCAUUCGGGCCGCCAACUGACGUUACAACCGCAAAUGGGUACUGCCUACAUAAAUGCCAUUUUCUUUGGCCGCAAAACGACGGACAGCGACAAAGACAAGGAUGGUCCCAGUUCGAGUUCAAAUGGCUGCACCGUGCCCACCACAACGCGCAAGCACAUUCUACAAGUGUCCACCUAUCAGAUGUGCGUCUUAUUGCUGUUCAAUAACCGUGAUGUGCUCACCUAUGAUGACAUACAUCAGGAGACAGACAUACCCGAGCGGGAGCUGGUGCGCGCGUUACAGUCGUUAUCGAUGGGAAAACCAGCGCAACGUUUGCUGGUCCGUAACAGCAAGACGAAAACAAAGGAAAUUGAUCCAACGGACGAGUUCUAUGUGAACGAUGCGUUUGUGUCAAAGUUCCAUAGAGUUAAGAUACAAACUGUAGCUGCCAAGGGUGAAUCAGAGCCGGAACGAAAAGAGACGCGUGGCAAAGUAGAUGAGGAUCGAAAACAUGAAAUUGAAGCGGCUAUUGUGCGAAUUAUGAAGGCGCGCAAGCGCAUGGCGCACAAUCUACUUGUAUCGGAUGUGACACUGCAACUUAAGUCGCGUUUCUUACCAUCACCCGUAUUUAUUAAGAAACGUAUUGAGGGCCUUAUCGAGCGCGAAUAUUUGGCGCGAACGCCUGAAGAUCGCAAAGUUUAUGUUUACUUGGCCUAAGCAGCAACAAGCUAACUCAUUUAGGCAGGCAACACUCUAAUUUGUAAACAGUCGACACUGCGAAGGCAUAAACACCGAUACAGCCACACCCACUCAGUUACUCCUUCAUGAACAAUUGCAACCAAUAUUUAUUCGAAACGCAUCAAGAAGACAUUCGCGCGUACCCUUCCACAAAACAAUAGAAAAGAAAGAAUGAAGAGAACUAUAAGCCGCACGACGGACGCUUUUGCAAACUGGGAAAUAGAAGCGAGAUAGAUAAAGGCAAAUACGCAGUUACAGUUAGGUUUAAUAAGCUAUUUUGACCAACCAAUGUCUAUAUGGAACAUAUAUAUAUAUAAAUAACUCAAAUAGAUCCAUCCCAAUACCCACAAUCAUCAUUUCUAGUGUGACAAGACGUUACAUAUUCGAAUUGUGAAAAUGGUUCAUUUACAAACAUGAAACGAAACUUCAAAAUUUAACAGUAGGAACGCAAGAGCAGCUGACAAAAUCCUCGACUAUAUAAUUUAAAUUUGGCAAUAAACCAUAUUUUUGGCCUCACAUACAUACAAACACACAAUUGCACAUACGAACACACACACAUAGGAACUCGCUUUCACAUUACAUUCAUUUCUCAAUGAUGCACGCAACGAAAUCAAUAGACAUUACAAGAGAAAUGAAUAUUAAUUAUAAGCAGCAGAGUAACAAAAAGGAAACUAAACAAAAUAAAAAAUAAUAUAAAAUAAAACCAUUUUAAAUAUAGCUAAAAAGAAACAAACAAUUAAUAAAUUUAUAAAUGAAUUAUUAAUUAAUUUAGUAAGCGUUUGAUGUAAUUUUUACGUCUUACGUGCGUCUAUUCAAAAUUCUUGUGCUUGUGUUGUGGGUCUCCAACAACAGCCAGCCGACUAACACAGCCUUAUAUGAGAUUUAUGUGAACCGAUUUUUCUAUGUGCUUAACGAAAACUUAAAACCGAUUUGUCUUUAAUGAUUAGUGUUUCGUUUCCAUUACUUUUUCAUCGAGGAGCGCAACACAUACAUGAUCCUUUGCGAACCAACAAAUUUAAGCAUGUAGUUCAUCUAAGGCCGACUAAUUAGUUAAAACAUGAAUUUCCAACUCUACUUAUGUAUUCAGUGUUUUGUUUGCUAAACAUUUGUAUUGAAUUUUAAUUGAUUGCGCAUUGCGCUUUGGUUUUUAAUUAUAAGAUAAAUGAAAAAAACAAAAAAACGUGAAAGCAGUAAACACAAUUUUGAGAGUUGAGAGCCCCAUUAUACUUUAAGCAGCAUACAUCUAAUUUGUGAAUGAGGAGAGCAGAAGAAAAACAUUGUACAUACAUGAUUUUUUGUUCUUUACGUAUUAAAAGGUACAUUAAUAAAACAUAUAUGAGCGUUAAA